AUGUCUCAGCUUACGGAAGCUUUCAAAACUGAGUUCCAGAAGAUUUUGAAUUUGAAAAAGAUGAAGGCGAACGAGCAUAUGGAUAUGCUGAUGACCUGCCUUCGGGCACACAAGUUGGCGUACGCCGUGAACGGCAUCGAGCCGAAAUUUGUUCUCGCACGCAGUGCGAACCGCGGAGGGCUUCUUCUGAGCCCGCACAAUGUGCAUCGCAAUGCUGCUCGGAUCCAUGCAGCUGGUGCCGACAUGCGCCAGCUAUCAAAUGCCGUGUGCAUCGAGCUUGGAGUCAAUUCGCCCGUCCGUUGGCAGCACGUUGCUAAGAACAAGGUGCUGGUGGACAGAGCCGAUGGGCUUCUAGCGCCAGUUAAUGGCUCCGAGCGGUACGUUACAGUCGGGUGUGGACACACCACGGCUUUCUGCAAGUUGGCAGGGGUGCAGGGCAGGACGUCGGAGAAGUCAUUGCAGAUGGCUGAUUCAGAUACGAUUGACGUGCAGAAGUUGUCCCAGAAUGCGCAAAUCAAAGCCAUGAUCGAGAAGGGCUGGGCGUGGGAGGUGGUCCCAAGUAUCAUUGACGAGCUGUUCCCAGGUUUCGCUUCCGUAGCCCAGAAGGCUUUAAACACUCAGAACCACAUCGGCACGGAGGUCGGGGAGCUGGAGACCUGCAUGACGUUGGCAGCGAUUGCUAAUGACCCAGGGAUGCGCCAGGUUGCGGAUUGGAAAGCCAUGGCUAUCGAGACCGUAGUUUCGCUCAACAUACCGAGCGCAAAGUACAGCAAGACAUUGCUUGAGUUUGUUGAGAAUUUCGGCGGUGGCGAUGGCGCUCCUCUCGUGUCGUUCAUGGACUCGGUUGCAAAGCAAUUUGGUUGCAACGCUACGUUGGGGCAAGCUUUCUGGGAAUCGAUUACGAACGCAGCUUUCGCAUCGAAAACCAACAUGUAUCCUUUGAUUCGGGUGGCACUUGCAAUUGCAAACCUCACGGGCGACAAGGUUGAGGACGGCGUGGCGCGCUUGCUUGUGAAGAAUGACGUCACGAAGGUUGCUAGCACGCCUAAGAUGGCUGAAGCAAAUACUGCUGAAAGCAUUCUUGGCGAAGCCAUGGAUAUCGCCAGGGGGCUUGAUGGCAUCGAUGCGGCGUUGCAGCCAUUAGGGCAGCUAUUCGUGAGGAUUGCGUUGAAGCUCACAGGUAAGGAGAAGAUGGGUCGGGAGGGCAAGGAGCUUAAGUGGGGCGACAUAUGCGUUUCAUUUCUGACCAGCCUCAGCGACCUCAAGGGUCAGACGGUAACUUUCGACGAGUGGUCUAAGCAUGCGGUCUCGAGCGGCGCUGCAGCCGCUGCCAGAGCGAAGCCGAGUGCAUCCAGCACGGCGACGCUCAGCGACCAUAAGGGCCCGACAUGGAUUGCCAAGAAGGCUGGGUAUUCGGUCGGGUGUCUAGUAGUCCAGAAGGACGUUGCAGCCCAGAGGCUUUACACUAUCUUCAGCAUCGGCCAGACUGUCAAGCUUCGCGAAGCUAUUAACCACGACGCGAGCCGAGAGGCACACACGGCUGAUAUUACAUUUGAGGAUCUUCUUCAGAAGUGGUCAAUCUCUAAGGCUGCACUGUCAAAGCAGAUGGAUGGUGAUCAGCAGCGCCCGCAGCAGCUGUACAUCGACAAGCAGAAGGCUGCGUUGUACCGAGCUCUCCUUGAGCUAGAUGCCAAGCACGUGGGCAAGCAUAAGCUGACGUUCUGGCGGAAGCCAGAUGGGGUGUGGACUACUAGCGCGAUCAAGCAGGGCCAGCUUACUUUGGUCCCAGUGGCACCACUCAUCAACACAAGUGCGAAGAACAAUGGGUCUGGCAUUUCACUUGGCGAGCAUGCGAUUGACAAAGACACCAAGUUCGAUGAAGCCGCAUUGGUGGCUGCACACUGGUGGGCCGCGCCAACCUACGACAAGAAGCAAGCCAACAUGGCUACGAGCCACGUGUCACACGGUGGCUUAACGUUGCCAGUGCUGACGAACACUACCGACAUCGGGCCCAAUGUGAAGCUCCAGAUGCUCGCCAAGCCCAAGGCUAAGGAGGUGCCAAUCCAUGAGCAGGCCGUCAAGAAGCAGAAGAGGGCUUGA